CCCGUCCUUUGUCUGGGAGCCGCCAUCUUGGGCUUGGUAGUCCUGCCCCGGAGGCUCCUGCGCAGCUUUGGUGGCGUGGUGACGCUGUGGGUGCUGGACGAUGGUGGGAGGACACCAGCGUCCCCCAGAAGUGGACUUGAUCCCUGCUAUCUGAGUAGAGGGUCACAGUAGGCCACUGAGGAGGAGAAUCAAGAUGCUCCAGUUAACAGUCAGGUGACCCUCGGAAGCUCAUCUGCCUCCUCAACCAUCAGGUCUAGGUGGCUGUGCUGUAGACUCUGUUGCCCUGUGACGUGCUGGUGCGGGGAGUUCCAUAGGGAGGACGCUCGAUGUCCUGGAAGCCAGAAAUGGGGUUGGUGUCAUUUGAGGAUAUAGCUGUGGAAUUCACGUGGCAGGAAUGGCAGGACCUGAAUGAAGGUCAGAGAACUCUCUACAGGGAUGUGAUGCUGGAGAACUACAGCAACUUGCUGUUCUUGGGGCACUGCAAGACCAAACCUGAGUUGAUCUUCAAUUUGGAGCAAAAACUUGAGUCAUGGAUUGUAGAAGCAUCACACCAGAGCAUCCCAGAUUUCCAGAAAAUGAAUACCCCAAACAAGACCAGUCCGGAAACCAAAGCAAGCCAUGUGUGGCAAGUUGCCCUCAACAGUGAUACAUCAAAGGAGUUGGCUGGAAUAGGGAAUGCUUGCAAUGUGAGCACAAAACACAUUUCAAAUCAGACUGUAAAGAAUGAGAACUCACUAGGAAUGAGUUCUAGAAAGUUUAUUCUGUGGAAGGAUGUGUAUCUCCAUACUGAUGCUGAUGAGAUAGAAAUUGGAGAAGAACCUGAUGAUCUUAAUGGAACUAUAAAAUCUGUCAGACAUCCAGAGCAUGUUAGUCUAUACAAGUUUCAAAGUUCACAAAGUUACUUUCAAAGUCUUAUACCAGGGAAAUCUUUCCACACAAAAGCAGUGUCAUUUACUCAUAAGUUCAAUGAAUAUGCAAAAUCCUUAGGUGAUACAGCAUUUAUUGACAAAGAGAUGGCUCAGAUAAAGGUAAAAUCAUUUGAAUGUGAUGUAUCAGAGAUAAAGUGUGACAAGUCUGACCUUAAUGAAGAUGAACCAGUGCACAUGGGAGAGAAACAUUACAAAUGUAGUGACUUUGGGAACCCUUUUAUUAUUGAGUCAUACCUUCCAAAACAUAAGGGACAACAUGAAAAGCUCUUUGUCCAGAAGGAAUAUGAGUUUUCUCAGCAGUCAGAAGUGGGUCUUCAUCAGAAAAUCCGCAGAGGGAAAAAGACCUAUGAAUGUAAAAUAUGUGGCAAGUGCUUUUAUUGGAAAACAAGCUUCAAUAGACAUCAGAGUACUCACACCGGUGAGAAGCCCUAUGAAUGUACAGAAUGUAGUAAAGCUUUCUGUCAAAAGUCACACCUCACUCAGCAUCAGAGAGUUCAUACAGGCGAGAGACCAUAUAUAUGUUUUGAAUGCAGGAAAGCUUUCUAUCGUAAGUCAGAGCUUACUGACCACCAGAGAAUUCAUACGGGUGAGAAGCCAUAUGAAUGUAAGGAAUGUGGCAAAGCUUUUUGCCAAAAGCCCCAACUCACUCUACAUCAGAGAAUUCAUACAGGUGAGAAGCCCUAUGAGUGUGCAGAAUGUGGGAAAGCCUUCUCCACCAAGUCCUAUUUAACUGUACAUCAGAGAACUCACACGGGUGAGAAACCUUAUGAAUGUACAGUAUGUAGGAAGUCAUUUAUCUGUAAGUCAAGUUUCAGUCAUCAUUGGAGAACUCAUACAGGUGAGAAACCCUAUGAAUGUAAGCAGUGCAUGAAGACCUUCUACCGUAAGUCAGGCCUGACUCGACACCAGAGAACUCACACGGGUGACAAACGCUAUGAAUGUCAAUUAUGUCAGAAAGCUUUUUACUGCACUUCGCACCUCAUUGUACACCAGCGAACUCAUACAGGUGAGAAACCUUAUGAAUGUAAGGAAUGUAGGAAGGCUUUCUAUGAUAAGUCAAACCUUAAACGGCAUCAGAAGAUUCAUACUAUGAAGAAAGCCUCUGAAUGCAAACAAGCUAACAAAUUUUUUCUGACUAAUACUUCUCAACAUCAGACAUUGUAUUAUGAAUAUGAAGAAUGCAAGAAAGCUUUGCACCAGAAAACAAACUUUACUUAACUAUCUAACACUCUUCUUACAGGUAAGGAAACCCUGUGAUUGGAAAGCACUUAUCCAAAAGUCAGAUCUUACUGUACAUUGGACCGCUUAUACGAGGGAUUAAACCAAAUGAAUAAACAGUGAAGGAAAACUUUGAUUCUUGUUUGUUUAUCAAAGAACUCACAACUGACUGUGGCAAAUAAUUUAGCCAGGUACAUUAACCCAGCGUAAGACAGAUGUUUAUGGUGGAGGAUCACUUGCACUCAGGCAAUAGAGGAAGACACCAUGACUUAAGAGAAAAUAGGGCAAAGUUUUCUACAUACUUUUCCUGACAUACCACCAGAACCCAGUGGUAACCAGUGAAAGAGAGGAAUGGCCCAAACUUUGGAACUCAUUGCUGGGUGUUUUGGGACAUGCCUGUAAUCUCAAUACUUGGCAGGUUGAAGAAAGGAUAAGGAGUUGUAGUUUAACCUUUGCUACAAAGCAAUUUCAAACCCAGCCUGGGUGACAUGAAGACUUUUAAAAAGUGACAAUUAAAAUUACAAGAAUCUGAGAAUCUAAACUUCACAAACCAUAUAAAGGGGACAAAGGACAAUACAAUUUGGGGUAGAUGUUGCUAUACCUCACUUCCAUUUGAAUCAAAGAUGCUAUAGGAAUCACAUUUGUGUGAGUUUUGUAGAAACUUGUGGAACUUUGUGGAAAUUACCUAACACUGAGUAUUACUCCUAAAAGUGAGCCCACUUGAAUUUAGGCAGUUAGGGCUAUGGAUGUAGCACAGUGACGGAGUGUUUGGCUGCUAUUAUUAUAACCUGGUCUUUCAUAUAAAUUACAUCUAUUAUCACCUUAAAGGCUUUAUUUAUCUGUGCAUGCACUCCACAGCAUGUAUACCAAGGUCAUAGGACAACCCUCAAAGUCAGUUCUCUUCUACCUGGUGGGUUCUUCGUAUCAGACUCAGGUUAUUAGGCUUGGCAGAAAACAUCUCUACCCUCUGAGCCAUCUCUCCUGCUUCUGUAUUUUAUACUCAGCAACUGUUGUAAAUUAUAAGCAAUUCUGGAGGUAUUUUCAGCUAGUCCAGAAUGCUUUACUGGGAAGAACAUUUCUUUUUUUAUCACUUUUAGUAUAGUCUCCCUAACUUUAGUUUGGAGAUAAAGUCUUGGUACAAGUGCCCUGGCUGAUAGCAAAGUCCUGCUUAUCUUGCCUUAGCCUUGUGAGUGCUUAGAUUAAAUGCAUGUGCUACUUUGCCCAGGCAUAAAACAACGAAAAUUUCUGGAGUUAUUGGAUGCUGUGUUCAUUUUCUAAAUACCCCAUCACUGUGUCACAAAAAAAAUUUGAGCAAAUAAAAGAUUUGAUUUUACAAUUCAGUGAUGGAAUGGCAAAUCUGUCGACAUCAAGAGAAAUGAUGGUAAUGUGAAAUUUCAGUUUGCUGUAUUAGAUACCGAUAUCUUGGUCAUCACAGAGAAGUUGAAGGCAGUCAAGCUGAAAAAGAAUGAAAGAGGUGAAAUAAAAAUACUCUCAAUUGGAUUGUAUUAAAAUCCUGAAAUGUAAAAACAUUCUGACCAUAUUACUUGGGUAUUAAUUGGAAAUAAAUGAUUUAAAAAUAUUA